AUGGCGCCCUGGACCCACCUCGUGCAUCUCGUAGCGGAAGAAGACGGCCAGCCGUACUACGCACGCUGCACCGCGACGACAGUGCCGCAAGUGGGCGAGAAGGUGGAAACGUUCGAGUCAGUUGCAGCACUCGAAGCUGCUGCUGCUGAUGGGACCACGACACCCGAUAGGCACGUCGUCAGAGAGCUGCUCCCUCCCGCAGCAGCAAACGUCCCCAUCAUCUGCAUCGGGCUAAACUACGCCAACCACGCCCAAGAAGCCAGCCUCGAAAUCCCCCAAAGCCCCCCCAUGUGGUACAAACCCCCCAGCGCCCUCACCGGCCCCGGCCCCAUUCCCAUCCCCCCCUCGGCCCAAACCCACUUCCUCGACUACGAAGGCGAGCUCACCAUCAUCACGGGCGCGCGCCCCGCCAAGGACCUCUCCGUCGCCGAUGCCGCCGCCUACAUCCUGGGGUACGCGGUCGGCAACGACCUCACGGCGCGGUACUGGCAAGCGCCGAGCCUGCAGGCGGGCCAAUUCACGUAUGCGAAGGCGUUUGACGCGUUUGCGCCUUUGGGGGUUGUGGUGGCGCAUCCGGAUGUUUUGGGCUUGGGCGUGGGCGUGGGCGUGGCCUCACGCUCGAACUCAAGCUCAAUUAAAGAGGGGAGUAAAGAGGGAAGUGAGAGGGAGGGAGAGGGAGAAGGUAACGGAGAGGGAGCAAGUAACGGAGAGGGGUUAAAACCCCCACGAAUCUCAACCCGGGUCAAUGGCAAGCUGGUGCAGGCGAGCGCGCUGGAUCUCCUCCGGGGCCCGGCCGAGCUGCUGAGUUUCCUGAGCCAGGGCCGGACGGUGCCGGCCGGCACGGCGAUCAUGACGGGGACGCCGGCGGGCGUGGGCUGGUUCCAGCGGCCGAGGUCUAGUCUGCGGGAUGGGGACGUGGUGGAGGUCGCGAUUGAGGGGGUGGGAAGCUUGAGGAAUGUGAUGGUGUUUGAGUAG